AUGAUUGGAACCCGUGACAACCUGCCUCGUUUUUUUGGCAAGUCCGGCCCGACCGAUGCUGACCCCCGCAAGACCAAGAAAGAUGGCGGUGGGAAAGGGAACUGGGGUCGCUCUGGUGAUGAGGUGCAGGACUAUGAUUAUACCUUGGCCAAUGCCCGACGUCGCUCAAACAGCAACACUCAGGGCCUUGCGGAAUUUAGAACCAAGUUUGAAACCAUCGAGCCCGAGCCUGUCUUUGAGGAAUUGGUCCGUGGGUCUUCUGAGGUGGUGGCGAACGAAGGUACAGUCACCAAGGUUGAGAGCACCAGCAGCAAUGAUAGUGAAAUUGAGCAGGGAGGAAUGAGUCAUUAG